UAUUUAGGAGAUGUUAUACUUAAUAAAUUUAUUUAAGUUAUGUCUUGCAUUUUUCUAAGUCAAAAGAAAAAACAGUGUUUUUAGUAUAAAGGUUUGUCUAUGAUUUGUUACCUUUUAUCCAUUUGAGCAAAUGUUUCACUUUUCGGUAAAUAAAUUUUUUCUACGAUUCUCGGAUGCCAAUCUUCAUAAAAAAACGAACAUAGCGAAUAUAGCGUAAAAACUUUCUUGUGGAAAAAGGUCUCACAACUUUAUAGAUAGGAGUUUUAAUGAGGUGGGGAGAUGUUAUAUGGGAGACUAACAUGUGCUUUAUCAUCAAGCUAUUGAACCGAUGACAGACCUUAGAACUAAAAUUUGUCACGAAUUAGCAUGAGUCAUGAAGAUCGCAAUUGCACAAAUAGUUGAUAAAGGCUGAGGAAAACACUAGGGUGCAUAGCGAAAUAAACUGCAAUCAAUAAUGCACGUAAAUAAGGCGCAUUGGCUCCUGCCUACACUCGAUCACCCUAUAACCCUUAAUGCAACAUGCAAAGAUGGACUCAUGCAAAACAUGGAAUAAAGAAAUGACUCGUGAAUUUUUUCCAUAUAAGCGAAUAAUGUGGCCUGUCGGUUCAUGGCCAGUGGAUUCUAGUAAAAACUUCGCGAAACUUCGCGCAUUGUUUGUUACAGUCACACUGGCACUCAUGGUAGCGUAUUUAAGCAUGGAAAUUGGUUACCACGACGGUGCUAAUUUGAAUCUAAUCAUUGACCAUUUCACAUUGAUAACAAUUGGCACUCUGACCAUUAUAAAAAUAUCAAUAAUACGUUUGCAUCGUGAUGAUUUAUCGAAGUACAUGUGUAACGCAGCCAGUGACUGGAUAUACGUUGCACAGCGAGAUCAUCGAGAAGUCAUGCUUCGUUACGCUAAUCUGGGGAGAUUUGUCUUUUUCUCUCAGAUGUGUUCUUCAUAUAUUGUUAUUAUUCCAUUAAUAGCUGAAUCACUUUUAUCAUUUGUGACAAUGUCUUCUUUGCAGAAUAUUACAUUGAGCAUGUCCGUGGAGGAGAUGCGAGUCAUAAAAUUGCCUCACGAUAUGAUCUGUCCGUUUAAUGCACAGGUCGCGUGCUUCGGCAUAUGCAUCGUUCAAGCUGUUCAACUGAUCAGUCUAGCCACAGGGAACUGUGGAAGUGAUGUGUUUCUAUUCGGCAUUUGCAUGCACCUUUGUGGUCAACUGGAAAUACUUGGUCUACAACUAUCACGGUUCCACGAAGGAAAGGGAAACGAUUCUUGGGGCAAGACUAAACUAGUCGCAUUGAUCGAAAGGCACUGUUUGCUUUUGAAUUUAGCUAAGGACAUUGUGGACACACUUGAUAUCAUCUUGAGUGCUCAACUAAUCUUCCAAGCUUCGCUCAUAUGUAUAAUAGGAUUGCAGUUUAUUGUGUCAUUGGCAAUCUCUGAUUUUUUCCUCGUUGUAAGAAGUAUACUCUCUUUCGGUAUAUUAAUGAUUCAGUUAUUUUUAUACACUUAUGUAGGAGAAAUAUUAUCAUUAAGAACACAAGCAAUUUCUACCGCGAUUUAUUUGAGUAAAUGGUAUGAUUUACCUAUAAAUAUUACUCGAGAUAUAUGUUUUAUAAUGUUUCGUGCUACUUAUCCCGUUUACAUAAGAGUAGGUAAAUUUUAUAAUAUGGAUCUUAAUACUUUCAAAACUAUUCUGAAAGCUUCGGCUUCUUACUUUUCUGUAUUACGAAUUAUGUUUACACAAUAUUAAUAUAAAACAUUAUUUGUUAGAAAGACAUAAACAUAUUUAAAAUAUGAAAUAUGUACAUAAAUAUAU